AGGUAUGAAAAAUUCAGAGAAUAAAUCCCAAUAACAAUUGUGAACCACCAAAACACAAAAACAAAAGCAGAGCAUCUCUCUCUCUCUCUCUCUCUCUCUAAAACAUGCAGAGGCAGUCACUGGGUUCUCCCUCGUCAAAGCUCGUGAAGGAUGAAUCCCAAUCUUCAUCAUCAUCUCUUGGAGAGGAAUGCCAGCAACAACAAGAAGAAGAGGAGCAGCUGAAAAAGCUCAAGCCCAAAACCCCCAUGCCUCAAGCCUACAUUCACCUCAUUCCUCUUCUCACCCUCCUCUGUUUCCUCAUUCUCUACCUCUCUUCCCACAACCCCUCUCUAAAUGAUUUGGCUGACUUCAAUAGCUUCAAUGCCAUUUCUGACCCUACUGAAAGCAUUUCGGAAUUGGAAGGAAUGAUGGAGAUUGAAAAAGGAGAUAUCUUGGCCAUACGGAGCUUGAAGAACUUGAAGCAGGAGGAGGCCAAGCACCGCCGCCUCCACCGCAAAAUCCCCCAUUUUUAGCCCCUUUUUUCUCCUCCUAACAAAUUUACAACAUUUGGUUUUCCUUCUUCUGUCGGUGGCAUCUUUCAAUUCUGGCCUCUUCCUCUCUCUUUUUCAUUUUUCAUUUUUUUUUUACUCCAUUUCUAAUGUGAAUUUGAUGGCCAUUUUUAACUAUUUGCACACGUGUAUUUAUUUAUGUGCAUAUCUAAUUCAUGAAUCGUGAUUCUUCUA